CUCUUCAAUUUUGAAUAGGGAAAUGAUCUGUGGUAUGGACCAGACAGAGUGAAGUACUUGGGGCCAUUUUCAGCUCAGACACCAUCCUACUUGAACGGUGAGUUCCCCGGCGAUUAUGGAUGGGACACUGCUGGCUUGUCCGCCGAUCCCGAGGCCUUCGCCAAGAACAGAGCUCUCGAGGUGAUCCACGGGAGAUGGGCCAUGUUGGGAGCGUUAGGUUGCAUAACACCAGAAGUGCUAGAAAAAUGGCUAAAAGUAGACUUCAAGGAGCCAGUAUGGUUCAAGGCAGGUGCCCAAAUCUUCUCAGAAGGUGGUCUAGACUACUUAGGCAACCCCAACCUGGUCCACGCCCAGAGCAUCCUAGCCGUCUUGGGCUUCCAAGUGGUCCUAAUGGGUCUAGUUGAAGGGUUCCGCAUCAACGGCCUCGACGGCGUUGGCGAAGGCAACGACCUCUACCCUGGCGGUCAGUACUUUGACCCACUCGGACUAGCCGACGACCCCGUCACCUUCGCCGAGCUCAAGGUCAAGGAGAUCAAGAAUGGCCGUCUUGCCAUGUUUUCUAUGUUUGGCUUCUUUGUUCAAGCCAUUGUCACUGGCAAAGGUCCUCUUGAGAACCUUCUUGACCAUCUUGAUAACCCUGUGGCCAACAAUGCUUGGGUUUAUGCUACCAAGUUUGCCCCUGGCUCAUAAGUUUCACAUUAAACAUGGAAAUUCGACAAGUUUGUUGUGUAAAUUGACUGUAGUUCUCUGCUUUUUUUUUUUUCUUGGUGUGGAUCGAUGUGAUUAUAAUUAGAUGGCUGAGUCUUAAGGUGGAUCAAUGGACAUUAAUUCCCACUUGAUCGAAUGGAUAAGGUUCUUAAUCUUAAUUACAUCAUUUAAUUCAAGGUAAUCUUCAUAAGCUACCAUUCUCAUCUU